GACUCCGAACUGGACGGGUUUUUCCCACAUUUCAUCGUCGUGCUCUUCAACAGCGCCUUUUGCAAUCGUUCAACAUGAAUUGAUCAUGAAUGGAUGCGCUUUCAACGUUGGGCGCAGGAGGUUUCAACUCCCAAGUGUACCCGGCUUAGCGAGCGCGGUAUUCCAGAGGAGCAUUGCUGCUACAUUUAUUCGGUCCACCGUCAGGCCGACACAUAGCAAAAUCUCAUCAAAAUUGAGCAGCUGCAUCGCGGGACACACAUUCUCCCGACAACUGCAUAUCACCGUCAUCAGGAGCUGCUCACCACCGCCCCUUGCCUCCUCCGUGAUUGUAAAACAGCUACGAUGCAGAACUCGUCUUGGUUUCUCUGCGCAUCAUCGGAUCCCUAACACCUUUCUCGACAUAAACUUGCUCGCGGGAUAUCGACGAUGGAAUAGCAAUGAUAAAAAGUCAGACGAACUGCGAACGGCUAGCAGGUCAUCACCAACCACUGAAAGCCCGAAAUCAGAUCUGCCAUCACCUAACCCAGCAGCAACGACAACUGGUACCGGCAAGACCCUUCUGAAUCGACUUCCCGCGUUGCACCGACCGACGAAGGAGGAGCUCCUUGCUGCUGCAACAGGUUUCUGGCAUCGACUGCAGAUUCGCUUUAAAUGGUUUUCAAUACGAAGCAGUCGACCAUUCAAUUUCGACGAGAUCUUCGCAUUCGCUAGCUGGAUAUUUUGGGGACAUAUCUUAUGGGUGGUCAUUGGCACAACAACAUUUUUUGGAGUGACCAUCUGGGCACUCAACACUGUUUUCACGCAAGAGCAAGUUGCUAGCUGGGUUGCGGGUUACUUAACGAGAAGCGUGGGUGUUCAAAUAGUGUUCGAGAGCGCAAUUGUGCCACGUUGGAGCGAUGGCAAGAUCCGCUUCCGAAACGUCUUCAUCAGUCGGCGGCCAACCAACAAAAGACGACGGACAGUCAGCAAGGGCUCUUCUGCUACUGCGGCGGCGGCGGCGGCAGCAGAGGCACAGAUCGAAAAGGACAAGCUGAAAGAUUCUCCUCAAGAGGCCACAAAAUUGGAGGAGCUCGACGACGGGAAUUACACUCAAUUUGAUCUUCAAGUGGAUACGAUUGAAAUUUCGCUCUCAUUCACUAAGUGGUUCAACGGCAAGGGCUUACUACGAGAUGUCGAAGUGCGUGGAGUCCGCGGAGUGCUUGACCGAACGAAUGUGAAGCCUGUGAAAGUGCCACAAGAUCCGACCAAGAACCGGCGAAAGCACAACACUGGCGACUUUGAAAUCGACAGUUUCAAACUUGAUGAUGUGCUACUGACAAUGUACCAACCGGGUGGCUUUCGGCCUUACACGAUCAGCGUUUUCAAUGGGGAAUUGCCCAGACUUCGCAAGCAAUGGCUUUUCUACGAUAUCCUCAACGCGAACAAUAUCAGUGGCAGCUUUGAUGAAUCGUUGUUCACAAUUCACCCCCGACAAGUCCAUGGAUACACAGGUGCGCCGCUGGUUGAUGGGCGUGAUCCAGACGCUGCGCAAUGGAAGAAGCACAGCAGACUUCGAGUUGACGGCCUCAAGAUCGAUCACCUCAAUCGCGGUGUGGAAGGACCUUUCAGCUGGAUAUAUGAAGGCAACAUCGACAUUGUAGCAGACUACAUGAUACCAAAUGAUGCCGAUGAUAGCGUUGCCAAAGUUUUCACUGACAUAUAUGAGCGCUUGGAGACGACGGUCAUUAACUCACAUCCACGAGAAGAUGCCUCGAACGCCCAAAAUGUCAUUCACAACUCUUCUGAGUCACCUGACGGAGCGUCUGUCGAGCCUGCAUUCCUGACAGAAAAUGACAAACGCCCGGUGGUUAUAGAUCUGAAGCUUCAUCUCAAUGAUGUACGAGCUAGCAUUCCGAUCUUCAACAACACUCUGUCGUACGUCAACAACGCCGCUGUACGCCCAAUCAUUGCGUAUAUCAACAGUCAUUCUCAUGGCGGAUCGAACUUUAUUCCCAUUUCCUGCCGCAUUGUGAAGCGGCUCAGCGACUUUGAUGGAUCGUGGACGGUCUUUGACUGCGGUCUAGUCAACAACGUCAGCAAAGAAGUGUAUCGCGCGUUUGUAAGCGAUAUCGGUGAUCGCAAGCAUCGCAAUCGCCGGCUAAAGAAGGUGACAUUGUGGGCGGCGUCGGUUGCAGCGCAAGCUUUGUUUAUUGGACUAGCAGGGCAACUGGCUUGAUUCUCCACUUCAACAAUCUUCGCGGAUCGACUAUGAUGAUCGCUGCGUUGCCAAUGCUUGGAGCGAUGGUGUUUCGGAAGGGUCAUUUCAUGUGGGAAUUUUAUGGCGUUGAUGGCUGGGAGGAUAUUUCAUGUUUUGCGGCGUCUACUGCAUAGAUUCAUGACAUUCGAAGGGCGGCGUCCCUCUGUGCGAUAGAGAUAUACGAUAAUUGCCUGUUUUAUUUUAAACCUGUAACUCGUCACACGAAAAUCAUACACCUUGUGAGGCGGCACAAAUCCGUUCUGU